AUGUCCGGCAAGAUCGAGAAAGCAGAUUCUCAGCGCUCCCAUCUCUCCUCUUUCACCAUGAAGUUGAUGGACAAGUUUCAUUCACCAAAAAUAAAGCGAACGCCAUCAAAGAAAGGAAAACAGGCUGACCUGACGGUGAAAACCCCAGAGAAGCCAGUGAACAAAAAUUUAACUUGGCUUGAGGAGAAGGAAAAGGAGGUUGUAAGUGCAUUGCGCUAUUUUAAAACCAUUGUGGACAAAAUGGCAAUUGACAAGAAAGUACUGGAGAUGCUGCCAGGUUCAGCAAGUAAAGUGCUGGAGGCCAUCUUACCGCUGGUCCAAGUAGACCCACGGAUUCAGCAAAGUUCUGCCAUCUCUUCCUGCUAUAGCCGUGUGUACCAGAGUCUGGGAAAUCUGAUUCGUUGGUCUGAUCAGGUGAUGCUGGAGGGGGUGAACUCAGAAGACAAGGAGAUGGUGACCACAGUGAAGAGUGUCAUAAAAGCUGUUCUGGACGGAGUCAAGGAGCUGGUCAGACUCACAAUAGAGAAGCAGGAACAUCCGUCUCCCACAAGCCCAGUUAAACCCAGUUUACCAGCAUGUAAAUCUGACAGCCCCUCAGAGCUUCCCCUGACAGACAGAGAGAUGGAGAUUCUCAACAAGACAACUAGUAUGACUCAGUCUGCUGAGAUACUGACUGACUCCAUGGACGAAGAGGUUGCCCCUCCCAAACCCCCUCUACCUUGCAUUCGCGUGGCAGAAAACAGCCCUCCUCCAGCAUUGCCCCCUAAAAAAAGGCAGUCAGCGCCUUCUCCUACCAGAGUGGCAGUAGUGGCACCUAUGAGUCGAGCCACCAGUGGAUCUAGUUUACCUAUUGGAAUCAACAGACAGGAUUUUGAUGCUGACUGUUACGCACAGAGGAGGCUGUCAGGCGGCAGCCACUCCUAUGGAGGGGAAUCCCCUCGCCUCUCACCAUGCAGUAGCAUGGGCAAGCUCAGCAAGUCUGAUGAGCAGCUCUCCUCGCUGGGCCGGGACAGCGGGCAGUGCUCCCGCAACACAAGCUGUGAAACAUUAGAUCACUAUGAUCCGGACUAUGAAUUCCUGCAGCAGGACCUCUCUAAUGCUGACCAGAUACCUCAGCAGGUGCCAAGUAUCCUCAGUCCAUUGCCAGAGUCUUUGGGCGAGUGUGGCUCCCCAUUUCAUGGACAUGUUUUCCAGCUCCCCCAGGGCAGCUCCCCCCAGCCGCAAUACUGCAGCCCGUUGACAGGAACACGGUCUACGGAGACUCCUCCAGCUUUGCCAGAGAAGAAGAGGAGGAGUGCAGCCUCUCAAACUUCAGAUAACGCAGGCUGCAGGGUCUCCUAUGAGCGGCACCCCUCACAAUAUGAUAACAUCUCAGAGGAUGAUCUGCAGAACCCAGGAGCUCUCUCGUCAGUACCCUUCACGUCAUUUGCUGCUGUCUUGCCCUUCCAGCAGGGCAAUUCUUCAGUGCCGGUGGAAUUCAUUACUGAGUUUGCUGCUCCUGAUUCUACGGGUGACCCAGAGAACCCCCCUCCUCUUCCAGAGAAGAAAAACAAACACAUGCUGGCGUAUUUGCAGUUUAUGGAAGACUACUCAGAGCCUCAGCCAUCCAUGUUCUACCAGACACCUCAGAACGAACACAUCUACCAGCAGAAAAACAAGCACCUCAUGGAAGUCUAUGGGUUCAACGACUCGUUCAGCAGCACAGACUCGUCGCAAGAGCUGGCACCACCCCCUGCCCUUCCGCCAAAACAGCGACAGCUGCAGGCCUCCUAUGCUGCCUCUUCCUUCUCUUCUGUCUCCUACUGUGUCCAGCAAACUAAAGUGCCCUUCACCUCCGAGGACACCAGUGCCACUCAGGGCCUCAGUAUGUCCGUCUCUAACUCCUUUCUCAACCGGCACAGCUCCUUUCCUGUGCAUUCGUACAAAUCUGUGUUUAGGUCCUACUCACAGGACUUUGUGCCUCACAACCAAGCUUCCGUUCCUCCUUUUCUUUCUUCUACCUCCUCUUCCUCCUCCACCCCGCCUUUUCCACCUGUCCAUCAAUCUCAGAGCUCUGACCUAGCGGUGCCAACCACAGCCAGCCAGUCACCAAGCACUGUGGAUGUGCCAAACUCCUCUUCUCAGGAGAGCAGCUUUAACGGGAAUGCUCCUGUCUGCCUUCCUUCUGAAACCUCUUUCACUGAUUCUCUCCAGACAUCUUCGAGUGAAAACGCCAGUGAGGAGGCUGGUGAGGGUGAAUACGUCAAUCUGUAUUCCUCUGGCCAAAGCAACGGGGAACUCCCUCACUCUGAAGGAGAAUCUCCUGCCAUCAAAGACGGCCACCCCAAAGACUCCACUUCGCAUAGCAGCACCACUGGGCAGGAAAGCAGAGAUGGUGGUGAGAGGCAGCAAAAGUCACCGGAUGCUUUGGAAUCAUCGCUAGAGGAGGAGGUAGAUGAGCUGACCCUGAUUGACCACAAUGAAAUUAUGGCUCGGCUGACACUGAAGCAGGAGGGCGAUGAUGGGCCAGAUGUUCGUGGUGGAUCCGGGGAUAUCUUGAUAGUCCACGCAACUGAGACUGACAGGAAAGAUCUGGUGCUGUACUGUGAAGCCUUUUUGACAACGUACAGAACAUUCAUUACCCCUGAAGAGCUCAUCAAGAAGCUGCAGUACAGGUAUGAGAAGUUCUGUCACUUCCCAGACACGUUUAAGAAGCGAGUCAGCAAGAACACAUUCUUCGUGCUGGUGAGAGUGGUGGACGAGCUGUGCUUAGUGGAGUUGACGGAUGAGAUUCUAAAGCUGUUGAUGGACCUGGUGUUCCGGCUAGUCUGCAAUGGAGAGCUCAGCCUCGCUAGAGUGCUACGCAAAAAUAUUCUGGAUAAAGUGGAUCAGAAGAAAAGGCUGAGAUACGCCAAUUCAAUCAAACCUCUAGCGGCCCGAGGGGUGGCAGCCAGGCCGGGGACCUUGCAUGAUUUCCAUAGUCAUGAAAUAGCUGAGCAGCUGACCCUCUUAGAUGCCGAGCUCUUCUAUAAGAUAGAGAUCCCAGAAGUUUUGCUUUGGGCAAAAGAGCAAAAUGAGGAGAAGAGUCCCAACCUGACACAGUUCACUGAGCACUUUAAUAACAUGUCCUACUGGGUCCGUUCGAUAAUUAUGCUACAAGAGAAACCGCAAGACAGAGAGAGGCUGCUCCUUAAAUUUAUAAAGAUUAUGAAGCACUUACGAAAGCUGAAUAAUUUUAACUCCUAUCUGGCCAUUCUUUCUGCACUGGAUUCAGCACCCAUCCGAAGGCUGGAGUGGCAGAAACAGACAUCGGAGGGCCUGGCAGAGUACUGCACACUCAUCGACAGCUCCUCGUCCUUCCGGGCUUACCGAGCAGCUCUGGCAGAGGUGGAGCCUCCCUGCAUACCUUACCUAGGCCUGAUUCUGCAGGACUUGACCUUUGUUCACCUGGGAAACCCCGAUUACAUUGAUAGCAAAGUGAACUUUUCCAAACGCUGGCAACAGUUUAACAUCCUGGACAGCAUGAGGUGCUUCCAACAAAUACAUUACGACAUCAAAAGAAAUGACGAUAUAGUCUCAUUCUUCAAUGACUUCAGCGACCAUUUGGCUGAGGAGGCCUUGUGGGAACUGUCUCUCAAAAUCAAACCUCGAAACAUAACGAGGCGAAAAACAGACAGGGAAGAGAAAACCUAG